AUAUGUACCACGCAAGCGUGACCACGUAUGACUUCUAACACUUCAGUGCCUUUUGAUAGUAAUAUUAGCUGUCUAUUUGUUUAUUGCAUUUAUUACAUUAUGUCCGGUGGAUGGGAAUUAGUUGGAAGAAAUAAAAAAGAUAAAAACGAUGGGAAGAUCAAUAAACUUACAAAGAUCGAGAAAAAAAAAUUUAUCGAAAACGCACCAAAGGUAGAAGAUUUUCUUCCUUUAAGUCAAGUAAAAACAUUGUAUGAUAAUUUGGAUAAUAAUGUGAAAACAUAUAAUAAUUUGGAUGAUAAAGGAAAUAAAAAGUUGUUUAAAGAAAAAGAAAAUAAAACAAAAGAGAAUGAAGAAAGAAAAAAGCAACAGAAACAGCAACAAUCUGAUAAAAAAAAACAACCUAAGGAGAAACCUCCAAAAUCUAUAAAGGAUGCAUUAAAUAUGAUAAAUGCAGAGGAGCUUUACAAUAUUUUUACUGGUAGUCAAAAUAGAUUUCCUGAAGCUCCAUUAAUUUGGUUGAAAGAUCUUGCUGCAUUCCUUAAUAUAAAAAUACCUGUUGAUAAAGAAGAUGCAGUCUUUUCUGGGAAAUCUAAAGAUUAUCCUUUAAGUAUAGUACCUAAGCCAAUUUGUUCCAUAUUGGAAAAAGCAAUUGAUAUGGCAGGCAAACAAACAGUACAACUUUUUUAUGAAAAUACUCUUACUGCAAUGGCUGCUGAUAUGGUUAAAGGAUCACCUGCUGUGGGUCACAAAAUAUUUUUACAACUUCUAGCACGUAUUAAUUCUGAAUUGACAAUUGCUAACAUUUCUAAAUUGAUUCGUGUAAAAAAUUCUUAUCAAAAUAGAAAAAAUAUUGGUCUUUCUUUAUUAUGGGCAAUCUCACAAGCUGGUAGAAAAAAUCUGACUGUGGGUUUGAAAGUGUGGCAUGAAGUAAUGUCUCCUAUGUUAGAAACGAAGAGUUACUGCAAUUAUGUAGCAGAAAUUUUGAACGAUCUUGUAUUUGGACAUGAAAUGUGUCAUGAUCUUAAACCAGAACUUUAUCUUGACAUUGUGGAGGAUACAUGUUCUGGAAAAUAUAAUAUUUCUGCUUCUGUGAACAGAGAAAUUAAUAACAGCCUUGAAAAACUAAGAUUGAUAUUGUUUAAAAAUAAAAAUAUAAAUUAUGCGAAGUUAUUUGAAAUGCUAAUUACAAAAGUUGAGCAAAAGGUACAUGUAAAUUAUAAGGAUGAAUUAAUCAAAGCACUUGUGACUUGUUUAGCUACAGAGCCACUUUGUUUCUCUGUCUGGAGAUCCGUUUAUACCAAAAAUUUAUAUCAGUCCCAUUUAAUUUUAAUACAUAUUGACACUAAAUACCAUGUUUUACACACAACAUUGGACACCAAAUGUUUGAAAGAAACAUGUAUAGUAUUUCAAAAAAUUAAUGAAAAGUGGAAAAAGGGCAAAGAUGAAAAUUUUGCUAAUAAUCGUACUAAAAUAUGCAAGGCGUUAUUAUUAAAAAUGACAGUUUCUGCUAAUAAGAAAUUUCCUUGGAAAAAGGGAAUUAUUUUGUUAUUACUUCUUAUUAGUACCAUUCUUGCUUAUGAUAUAUACAAACAUGAUGAUUUUAAAGUAAAUAAGUUUUUGAAAAGAACUGGGUUAGUUGCUUAUGGACAACAAUCAUGGAUUAUAAUGCAAGAAUAUUCUUCUAAAACGCUUGAUUUCAUAGAAGCUACUUCACCAGAGUAUUAUAAAAUAACUGUAGAAACAUGUAAACCUUAUAUUAAAUUAGCAGGAGAUAUUUAUCUUGUAAUGAAACAUGUUUCUUUUAAAAUUUAUGACAAUAUUGCAGAAUAUAUUGAAAAAAAUGGUCCUUUGGUUAUACAAACAAUAGAGCAUUAUGUCCCAGGAAUGUUGGAUGAAAUUAAAUUACGAAGUAAUCAAGGUUUAGAACUUUUAAAAGUUUAUUCUAAUUUAUUAGUGGAAAUGUUGACUGAACGCUCAACUGCAACACUUCAAUGGCUAGAACAUAAUGUCUUUGUUGGAAAAUUAAGUCCAGAAAAUUUACAAAAUUAUGCCUCAAAAGCUAUUGACACCACACAGACAUUAGCAAGUCAGACUUACGAUUGGGUUUAUGAAAAGGUGCAAACACUCUCUAAAGUUCCGUGAAUGAAAUUCAUCAAAUUUUUAUGUACUAAUUUUUUCAAUGAUCAA